GGGCGGAGCGGCCGCGGCCCGGCGGUACCGGCACCGCGGGCCGGCCCGGCAGAAAAUGCUCUGAAGGUGAACUGAACAGCGCCCACUGGAACCGAAUCUGUCUGACAAAGGUCCUCCUUCCCCCAAAGGCCUGUUGGUGGCCAGGAGGGACCCUGUGCAAGGGAUGGGCUCGGAGAACAGCGCUCUGAAGAGCUACAGUCUGGAGGAGCCGCCGUUCACGCUGCCCACGGGACACACGGUGUACCCGGCCGUGCUCCAGGAUGGCAGACGUGCCUCCGUGUUCGUGUACAAGCGGGAGAACGAAGAUAAGGUUAAUAAAGCUGCCAAGCACCUGAAAACCUUGCGCCAUCCUUGCCUUCUGCGCUUCCUCUCUUGCACUGUGGAAGCAAAUGGGAUCCACCUGGUUACGGAGCGGGUGAAGCCUCUGGAGCUGGUCCUGGAGACACUUUCCUCUGCCGAGAUCUGCGCAGGGAUCUACGACGUGCUGCUGGCACUCAUCUUCCUCCAUGACAGGGGAAACCUGACACAUAACAAUGUCUGUUUAUCAUCCGUGUUUGUGAGUGAGGAUGGGCACUGGAAGCUGGGAGGAAUGGAAACAGUUUGUAACUUCAGUGAAGCCACCCCAGAGUUCCUCUGUCAGGUCAGGUCCGUGCGAGACCAGUCGUGCAUCCCUGGCGAGGAGAUGUCUGCAGAUUUCAAGAUCCUGCCCAGCAGCUACGGGCACGCGAGGGAUGCCUAUGCCUUUGGAACAACAGUUGAAAAUCUCCUGACAGUCCUCAAUGACCAGGUUUCAGCAGAUAUCCUCUCCAGCUUCCAGCAAACCUUGCACUGCACACUGCUCAACCCAGACCCAAAGUGUCGUCCACCCCUGUCCAGCUUAUUGUCUCACGAGUUCUUCAGGAAUGAUUUUCUGGAAGUUGUGAAUUUUCUGAAGACCUUAACACUGAAGUCUGAGGAGGAAAAAACCGAAUUUUUCAAAUUCCUGCUGGACCGGGUGGCUGGCUUGUCAGAGGAGCUGAUAGCAUCACGGCUGGUGCCUCUUCUACUCAAUCAGCUCGUGUUUGCAGAACCUGUAGCUGUCAAGAGUUUUCUUCCUCAUCUGCUGGGCCCAAAGAAAGAGCAAACUGGGGAGAGCCAGACCAGCUGCCUGCUGUCCCCAGCCUUGUUCCAGGCCCACGUCAUCCCUGUGCUGCUGAAGCUGUUUGAGGUUCACGAGGAGCACGUCCGGAUGGUGCUGCUGUCCCACAUCCACGCCUACGCCGAGCUCUUCUCCCGGGAGGAGUUGAAAAACAUCAUAUUGCCACAGGUGUUGCUGGGCCUUCGAGACACCAGCGACUCCAUCGUGGCCAUAACGCUGCACAGCCUGGCAGUGCUCGUGUCCCUGCUCGGGCCUGAAGUGGUUGUAGGUGGAGAAAGAACCAAGAUUUUCAAAAGCUCUGCACCAAGUUUCAUGAAAACUGCUGAUCUCUCCCCAGAAGGUUCCCCCCGUCACAUUGUGAGCAAUCAGAGAAAUCAAACCUCCCGGCCCUUGAAGAGCAGUUCCAGCUCGUUCCCCAUCUCUGGAAAUGUACCUGCCAAGAAGCUUUCUGGGCGACAAGACAAUCCCCUGGCUUUAAAGACAGGUGAGCAAGGCCCUCAGCCCUCCCUGAAUGGAAUCCCUGGAAGCAUGGCUACACUGAAUAGCAGGAGCUCUCUGACUACCUCUGAAAAGCCAGCAGAGGAGUGGCCAGACUGGAGUGAGCCAGAGGAGACAGACACUGAGAAAACUGUGAACAUUCAAAUUCAGCCCCGAGAGCUGCAGGGCAGUGUGGAACCUUAUUUUGCUGAUCAUGAUGUAGAUGAGAAGCCCUGGGAUGACUUUGAGCCCAGGAGCCCCAGUCCUAAACUGCCCUCAGGGAACUGCCUCACUGUGACACAAGCUGAUGCAGCUGGAAGGCCUCUGCCAGGUACCCAUCGACUGAGCAAGGAAUUCAAAAGCCUCGGACUGAGUCCCCCCACAAAGUCCUGCCCUGGAAACAGCUGGAGCAAUGACAAGUGGGACCACCAGGACCAACUGGAACAAACUGUGCUGCCAAAACCAACCUUUCAGGAGAGGUUGAAGUCUUCAUCAGAGAAUGGCCUGGGAGAAGAGUUCACAAUAAAAGUGAAGAAGAAACCCGUGCCAGACCCUGAGCUGGACUGGUUUGCUGACAUGAUCCCAGACAUUAAACCUUCUUCUGCUGUCCUCAUUUUACCCGAGGCCGGGACAGAAGCAGCUGAUCCCACUCCCUCGGGGGGCGUGUCCAGCAGAGAUGGUGCCUCCCAGAAUGUGCUGUUUUCAUCCAAAUUUGCAGCAGCUGAUGCCAUUGAGGCUGAAGCUACAGGCUGGGGCGAAGAAGAGGAGUUGAACUGGGAAGAUGAUACAAACUGGUAAUGGGACGGAAGGAGACCAAGGCGAUCUGUGGUGUGUUGGACCCUGUGCGAGGAGUCGCUGCUUCCCCAGUCCAAAGGAUAAGUACCUCAGUGCUGCUUUUGCCAGAAGGCAGGCACUGGCUGCACAGCCAGAGAGAUCCCAGGGGACCUGAGCUCCUGCCACGGCUGCUCCUCCCCAGUCUGUGCCAAAUCCUGCAGGGGUGAGGCCUGCACUCGAGCAAUAUGCCCAGCUGUGGUGGUGCCGCUGCUCCCGGAGACAGGAACGGCGGGAUGGUGGUGAAGGGUGGGAUGGGGCUGACGUGCUACUGGAGGCCAAAAGUGGUGUAAGAGAUUGUUCCAGAACUCAUCCCUGCCCUGACAAACUGCUGACAAUAAAUGACAGUCACACU